AAGCAUGGAUGAAUAACAACUGAUACGCUAAUACCUAGCAUCCUGUACUAGUCCCUCGCCCAUCAACUUAACAACAUCAAUCCAAAACUAGGGGCCAAGCGGUAGUCGUGCAAAAUGCUUGAUCCAAACUACUUUACGACCAAGAUUGAUCCGUACAAGUCACACAAUAAUGUCCUCUUUUCAGCCAGCAAAAGCACAAAGAGGGGAAGAGCAAGAAGAUGCAUUUCACUUACUGUCAUUAGGAACAAAGUUAUUGACCAUCUGGUGCAAAUCCAAGAAUGCAAAUCGGCUCAUUAUCGAUUAACAAAAAGAACCCGAUGCAUUGCAGGCGAUGAUACGCAUAGUUUUACUGCGCAUCCAUUAUCAGAAUGCUUAAUAAAGAAUUCGAAGGACGUUAUCCAAAUGGAAGACCACGUGAGUCCCUCUUAGCUCAUGGACAUAAUUCACAGAACAAGCUUUGUCAUGUGGAAUCAGAGAAGCCACGUCCGUUCUCCAAAAGAUUCACACACCGGUGGGCUACACACUCCAAUAACGGGAAAUGAAAAGACAGAAAACCGACAAGGCACAACUCAUUGUCGCCCAUGCUGCCUCGCUCGAAUUCGAAGGAGGGCCUUCGGAAUUCGAUCGGGGAUCAGUCCAUCCAGACGCUGCAAUCACUUGCUGGCCAACCAAAGGCGCUCUCCAUGAAUGCAGGCGCCACCACACGGACAAAAACAAUAUCCAAAGAUGCCCGGCAAUUAAAGCCCGUGGUCUGCCAACUCACUCCAAGCACAUGGCUUGAAUCUUGAUGUCUUGUCACGUCGUGCCAAUCUCAUCUUCCUCACUCUUCCUUUAUAUUGAUGCAUCAUUCGUCGUCCCUUGCAUCUCCACAGGGUUCUCCAGGAAAAAAUGAAAUUUUACCCACCGCUCGCGCGAGCAUGGGCAUUCCUUCUCCUGAUCGGCGUUCCGUCGGACGCCUCUGGGGCAUCCCCAGAACGACUGCCCCACCAACCAAACGGCCCCCACAACGAGACCCUCCACGGCGGCUCGAAGCAACAGUGCGGGGGCUGCGACGGCGAGUCCCUCCAGCUCCAGUUCCUGUACGCCCACAACGCCGUGAGAGCGACCAAGUGGGAGCCGCCGUUGACGUGGGACUCGCAGCUGGAGAGCUACGCGAGGUGGUGGGCGGGGCAGCGGAGGUCGGACUGCGCACUGGAGCACUCGUUCCAGGAAGGGGAGUUCAGUCUGGGGGAGAACAUAUUCUGGGGAGGGGGGUCGGGGUGGAGGCCGAGCGACGCCGUGGGCGCGUGGGCGGGGGAGGAGAGGUACUACCGGUACGGGAGCAACACGUGCGAGGGCGGGCACGAGUGCGGGCACUACACGCAGAUCGUGUGGAGGAGCACGCGGCGGGUCGGGUGUGCCCGGGUGGUGUGCGACGGCGGCGACGUUUUCAUGACUUGUAACUACUAUCCGCCGGGCAACUAUGCCGGGGAACGACCCUACUAAAAUUAGUUUGAGUGGGCCUUUUCAGUGACGGUCCUAAAAAUGUUGGGCCUCUUCAGUGACGGUCCAUUGGACCGA